GUUCGAUUCAGUGUAGAACGUCAAGGAAAAAAGAGAUGUUCAAUAUUGCGGGGUAUUCCGCUCGAUCGACAGAUUUCCUCAAUUAGUAUGAAAGCGAUCGUACAUGGAUCGUCAUCGAUAACUUUCACGUUCUUCGCGGCGAUAACUUGGAUCGUGUCGUUUUAUUUCUGUUAAAUCGUCCGCGAAACGCACGGUGAACGGUGCACACGAUUUAACGAAAGAAUUCCUCGUAAUUUUGCAGGAAGAACCGAGAGUUGUUUGGUAUUUCAGAAACAUGGAGGGAAAGGAAGCGAGCACGUCAUCGUUCCAAUUGAAGGGCGUAAAGGUUGACACAGCUUCAUCAUCGAGUUCUUCGAAUAGUUUCACCAAUUUGGAAACCCCUAGCGAGAGGCGAAGCAUUUACGGCACAUGCGUUACAGCGGUAGACCUUAUUAACCAUGUACUCAUCGUGGGUGUGACAGUUUGUCUUCUUUACUAUUCGAUACAGUCUAGCACCGUAAUGCUUCUGCACGUCGCUCUUUGCACUCUUGGGUACGUCCUACUGAUGUCAGAGGCCAUUGUCGUGCUAGCCGAUGAAAGCAGCUUGACGAACUUUCUUACGCGUCGUGCCAAGAGCCACGUUCACUGGGUCCUGCAGCUACUCGGAGCGAUCUGCAUCGUAGCCGGUACCGUGGUGAUGUAUCGGGAGAAGACAUUUCAUUUCAAGUCGAUCCACGCGAUCCUCGGCAUCGCGUCGAUAGCUGUUAUGCUCUUUCUGGUAGCCUUUGGAUACCCUGUCCUCGUCGCCGCGAAACUUCGCACGGUAAUCAGACCCGUGGUCGUCAAGUUUUGCCACAACUUCUUGGGCAUCAGCUGUUUUGUCUUGGGCAUGGCUUCGCAGUGUUACGGCUACAAAAAGGGCUGGUUGCCCAAAACAUCUAACGUACCUAAUAUCCAGCUAAUUUGCAUCAUCGUUACCGCGUUAAUCACGAUACUUUCGUUGAGAGGAGCUCUGCCGUCGCUCUUCAAACAAUUCAUGACGAUGUUUCGAUAAAUCGAGCAUCGAAGAUCGUGGAGACAGAAACGGGUAAUAGAGGCAUUUCGGACCAACACCGGAUAGUUGGCAUUUUUAAUCGAAUAGAUUCUUAAACAAGGAUAUCAGCUUAAAUGUCAAUGGUGAACAAUCGUCAAAGAGCAAAUUCGCACAGGAAAUUUUAAUUACAACAGUAAUUACGCGAGGUAGCGAGUGGGAAGCUUAAAUUGAAAAAUGAAACGAUCGUGUUCUGAAUAAUUUCUGGAUAAUCGUGUUCGGAAUAUUAUAGCGCGAUAAAACGCGUGUUAAUACGUUAAUUACGGCAGUGAAAGUGGUCGUGCAUAGUGCGGCACAUUGUUAUAAUCAUUUAGUUGCUCAAUUUAACUCUAAAAUUCGUUAUUCCAGAUUAUCAGCGCUUCAACGUUAAAUUUACGUUGUUGGUAACUACUUAAAAGCGUUCGGCAAUUAACUCGUUGGACAUUAGCAAAAGUAUCGAGAAGCGGU